UGAAACGCGCACAGCUGUGUGCGCGCAUCGCACGGCAACUUUUAUAGAAGCUUGGACCAUCUGCUGCGCUGAUCACAGAUGAAUUCAGUCUGAUAUUCUGGCAGUUUAAGAAAUCGAAGUGUGUUUUUUUUUCACAUAGUUAACCGGUUAAUAUGGGGUCAAAAAGACUAGGAGGUUUUUUAACUGUCUGGCACAGAUGGAUGUUCGGGUUCACCUUAAUGCACACGUUGGCUGUUCUACCUGCCAUCUCUUCUGGGAAAACGAUGAAGUACCAGACCUAUGAAGAAGAUCCCCCUGACACGGUGAUCGGAAACCUCGCCAAGGACAUGUUCCUCAACCCUUCUCUGGAUGCCAAGAGCAGUUUCAGGAUGAUGAAGCAGUUCAACGCCUCUUUCAUCCGGCUGAGGGAGAGCGACGGGCAGCUCACCGUCGGGGAGCGCAUCGACAGGGAGAAGAUCUGCAAACACACCCUCCAGUGUGUCAUCUCCUUCGACGUGGUGUGCUUCUCCAAAGACCAGUUCAAGCUGAUCCACGUCGAAGUCGAGGUGAAGGACAUCAACGACAACUCCCCCGAGUUUCCCGACAAUGAGUCCACCCUGGAGAUCUCCGAAAACGCAGCGGUUGGGGUCCGGAUUCCUUUGGACGUGGCCGUGGACGAGGACGUGGGCUCAAACUACAUUCAGAGCUACCAGAUCUCAGUGAACAGUCACUUCACCAUUGACGUGCUGAACAGAGCAGAUGGGGUUAAAUAUGCGGAGUUGGUGCUAAUGAAAGAGCUCGACAGGGAGACUCAGUCGUUCUACGUUCUAGAGCUUGUUGCUGUGGACGGAGGAACACCUUCCAGAUCAGGUUCCACCAGAAUAAACAUCAAAGUGAAAGACUUCAAUGACAAUAGUCCCGUGUUCGACCAGAGCAGUUUGACUGUCGAUUUACUUGAGGACGCACCGGUUGGCUUCCUUCUGCUGGAUUUAAACGCAGUUGAUCCCGACGAGGGUUUAAACGGCGAGGUCGUCUAUGCCUUCGGGAGCCACGUAUCUGCGGAGAUCCGGCAACUUUUCAAAGUGGACCGCAAAACAGGUCGCCUGACGCUCGAGAGCCCAAUAGAUUUCGAAACGAAGAAGACGUUCGAGUUAGACAUCCAGGCGUACGACCUGGGUCCCAACCCGACGCCUUCGACGUGCAAAAUAAUAAUCCAGGUUCAAGAUGUUAAUGACAAUGCCCCGGAAAUCAGCAUCACGCCCAUGACUUCCAUCACGGCGGGGAUCGCGUACAUCACGGAGGCUGCGGCCAAGGACAGCUUCGUGGCGCUGAUCAGCACCUCGGAUAGGGACUCCGGAGCGAACGGCCAGGUGCACUGCACUCUGUACGGACACGACCACUUCAAACUCCAGCAGGCUUACGAAGACAGCUACAUGAUCGUCACCACGGCUCCCCUGGACAGAGAAAAGAUAGCAGAAUACAAUUUAACCGUGGUGGCCGAGGAUCUGGGAUCACCGCCCUUUCGGACAAUAACUCAGUACACCAUCAGGCUGAGCGACGAGAACGACAACGCCCCUCAAUUCAGCAAACAGGUGUACGAAGUUUCCGUGGUGGAGAACAACGCGCCAGGUGCGUACAUCACCACCGUGGUGGCCAGGGAUCUAGACCUGGGGCAGAACGGCAAAGUCAUUUACCGCCUUUUGGACUCGUAUGUCACGGGCUCUCCCGUGUCCACUUUCGUGUCGCUUGACCCAGCUACAGGUUCCAUCUAUGCACUGAGAAGUUUCAAUUACGAGGUCAUCAAACAGCUGUCCCUGCGGAUCCAGGCUACGGAUGGGGGGUCGCCACCCCUUCACAGCAGCGCGGCCGUCAAUCUAAAAAUAGUUGAUCAGAAUGACAACGCACCUUCCAUCGCGCAGCCCCCCCUUAAUAACGGGUCUGCUGAAGUCCUGCUGCCAAAAGAUGCUCCUUCGGGUUAUAUCAUAACCCAGAUAAAAGGUAAAGAUGCUGACGAGGGCGUAAACGCAGAGUUGUCCUACAAAAUCCUGAGUGGGGAGGAUGCGGUGUUCUCCAUCAACAAGGCCACGGGGGAUAUAUACCUAAACCGCGUGCUGAGUUAUGAUGUUAACCAAAGCUUGCAUGUGACGGUCGGAGUCAAUGACAACGGCAGACCUUCAUUGACUUCUACAGCCACCAUCCGAUUUACCAUCGUCGCGGGAGCGCCCCCCAGUGGCCGUGCAACAGUUAAAGAGAACAAGCAGCGGGAGCUCAUUCAGUGGGACACGUCCAUUGUGAUAAUACUCAUUCUGGCGGGCAGCUGCUCCAUACUCCUGUUAGCCAUCAUCUUAAUUGCCACCACAUGCAACAGAAGGAAGAGGUUAAGGAAAGGCAGCGGAUUUCCAGAAGAUGUGGACAUGCCACAGCUGGAGAAAGGGAAGAUGAGCAGUGAUUCUCUCAUCUCGGGUCACGACGGAAACGCGUUUGAAGCCGCUCCGUUUUCCAGCAAGACGCAUUUCACGAAAUCGCACACGAGCGGUAACAUCGCAAGCUCGGAAAAUGACAGCGGGAGAAGCUAUGAGGCUGAAAGCAGGAUCAGGGGUGGUAAACUGGAGGGAUACUCUACCCUCCCUGGCUACGGAAAAGAGGCAGCCAAACCCAUCGCAAUCUGGAAAGGCAACUCGUACUCGACGAUCCCCGCCAGAGACCCGCAGUUCAGCGGAAAGGACAGCGGGAAGGGGGACAGCGACUUCAACGACAGUGACUCUGACAUCAGCGGAGACGGCAGCAAGAAGGACUCUUUCCAAAUUAAUGCUCAGAAUGGUCUGUGGGCGUGCACGAGCGAGUGCAAGAUCCUCGGUCACUCGGACCGCUGCUGGAGCCCCUCGGCCACGCGCGAGAGCGGCGGCGCGCGCCCGGCGGUGCCGCACCUGUCCUCCUUCAGCAAGACGGCGUCCCUGCCGCGCGACCCCCUCCGCAGAGACACGUGCCACGCGGCGCACAUUCCCAAGACGGUGGGCUUGCAGAGCGUCUACGAGAAGGUCCUGCACAGAGAGUACGAUUACGUGCUCGUGUCCCCGCAGCGGCCCAGCCGCGUGCGAGAAGCCAAUGAGAUCAAUGAGAUCGCGAUCCCCGUGUAUUCACCCCCCGCACCGCGGUGUCCCUCCAACAACGUCUAAAGCUUUUUUUUUUUUUUUUUUUGACAAUUUAUAGUGAGAAAACAA